AUGGCAGACCAACAUGAGAUCGAUCUCGACAACGUGAUCGACCGUCUUCUCGAGGUCCGAGGAAGCAGGCCCGGUAAGCAGGUCCAGCUUCUCGAGUCCGAGAUCCGUUAUCUCUGCACCAAGGCUCGCGAGAUCUUCAUUUCUCAGCCCAUCCUGCUCGAGCUUGAGGCUCCCAUCAAGAUCUGCGGUGACAUCCACGGACAGUACUAUGACCUGCUGCGCCUCUUCGAAUACGGCGGUUUCCCUCCGGAAGCCAACUACCUCUUCCUGGGUGACUACGUUGAUCGUGGCAAGCAGUCGCUGGAGACUAUCUGCCUUCUGCUCGCCUACAAGAUCAAGUACCCGGAGAACUUCUUCAUCCUCCGUGGCAACCACGAGUGUGCCUCGAUCAACCGCAUCUACGGCUUCUACGAUGAGUGCAAGCGUCGUUACAACAUCAAGCUGUGGAAAACCUUCACCGACUGCUUCAACUGUCUGCCCAUCGCCGCUAUCAUUGACGAGAAGAUUUUCACCAUGCACGGCGGACUCAGCCCGGAUCUGAACUCCAUGGAGCAAAUCCGCCGCGUCAUGCGCCCCACCGACAUUCCUGACUGCGGCCUGCUCUGCGAUCUGCUGUGGUCUGAUCCCGACAAGGAUAUCACCGGCUGGAGCGAAAACGACCGUGGAGUGUCCUUCACGUUUGGCCCCGAUGUUGUGUCCCGAUUCCUGCAAAAGCAUGACAUGGACUUGAUUUGCCGUGCUCACCAGGUCGUCGAGGAUGGAUAUGAGUUCUUCUCCAAGCGCCAACUCGUCACCCUCUUUAGUGCGCCCAAUUACUGCGGAGAGUUUGACAACGCAGGAGCCAUGAUGAGCGUGGACGAGAGUCUUCUGUGCUCAUUCCAGAUCCUCAAGCCUGCUGAGAAGAAACAAAAGUAA